AUGACGCUCACAGUGUUACUCGCAAGAUACAACUCUAAACCGGGGACUUUGAAAGCUGGACAAGCUGACGGGCUCCAGCCGCGGACUUUGGGGGCUCUCAAGAGCUUGGACGUCGCGGACGAAACACUUAACCUGAAUGCCAUGUGUCAGAGGUGGCUUUCUGGAGCACAAAGAGCAACACUUCAACAGGAAAAUUAG